AUGAGUGCAUUCCGGUUCUCCCUGUGGAAAUUACAUAUUCCUCUAAAGAUAAAAAGCUUUAUCUGGAGUUUAGGUUCUGAUUGUGUUCCUGUCAAGUCUCUGCUUCUCAAAGGAAGAGUUGAGGUGGAUAGCAGCCGCCCUGUGUGCACUGUGCCAAGUGCUUUGGAUGUUUUUGAUUUGAAUCCUCACCCUGAUAUCAAGGAGUGGCUGGUUAAUAUGUGUGCAGUGUUGGAGGUUGAGGAUUUCAAAGUUGUUUGUAUGGUACUUUGGGCUAUUUGGCAGAACCGCAACAACCUGCUGUGGAGGAAUCAGAGGCAAUCUGUGCAUCAAAGUGUGUCUGCAGCUAUUGCUUUUCUGCAGUCAUGGCAAAAUGCACGAGUGUUGGCAACUUGUCCAUCGACUAUGAAUUUACCUGCUGUGACAGUUUGGUCAAAGCCCCCUGCAGGAUCCCUAAAGUGCAAGACUGACGCAGCUAUUCCUAGGCAAGAUGGGAAAAUUGGCGCUGGAUGGGUUCUCAGAGAUGAGCUUGGUGCAGUUGUGAAUGCAUGUCAGAAGGUCUUGCUAGGCUCGCAGGAACCAUUUAUGGCCGAGGCUCUUAGUUUUCGUGAAGCUCUAAGCUGGGUGAUGAAUAAAGGCUCUGUUAGUUUUGUAAGGAGGUAUGCGAACAGAUUUGCCCACUUAUUCGCAACUCCUGCAUGUUCUAUGCCAGAUUUCAAGGAGUGGGGUCUUGUCCCUCCUCCUGUGUUUAUUUAUGAUGUUAUUUCUUGUGAUAUUGGUUAA